GUGCCUCCCUCCACCCCCUCGGGAGCCGGCCGGUGUGCGCUGGCCCCGGGUCCGCGGCAGCCAGGACCUCGCCCUGUCGCCGAGCCUCCGGACGCUGUCGCUGGCGGGCCCCGUGGUGUCCCCACACUUCGCAGGCUGCCCCGACGGCGGCUGGGGAAGUGCAGCGGCGCUGCCGGCAGACAGAGGAGAGCAGCCCCCGCAGCUGUCCGCCAUCGCGGGCGGUGCCAGCGUCAGGCGGCUGCAGGCGCUCAUCGCUCAGAGACGGCGUGGCAGCCCGCCCGAGCUUGCGGGCGCCCUCGGCGCGGUGCCGGAGGCGCACGACCUGGUGGCGGACUCCGCCCUUCCGGCCAAGCAGGCGUUCGACCCGUUUUUCGACGACCCGUGCCACCCGCCACCACCGCUUGCGCAGCCGCCGCUCGUGCGGCCGCUGUCC